AGUAGCGGCUUGUUCCUGAACUGGAUGCCGGUAGGACUUCUGGCGGCGGCAGGAGCCCGGAGGAGCCGGGGGAGGCGGCCUGGGGUCCGGCAGCGGCCCGGAAGAGGUUCGCGGAAAUCAAAUGCUGGAAUUCAUUAUUUCAAGAAAUGAUAUACUGAAGCAUAAUGCUACAUAAGUCAGAGAAAGAAAGGAUCCUGAAUGUAUGGCCUGGUUGGUGGCAAAGACAUCGAUAAGAGCCUGGCAUUUAUUUCUGUUCUAACCAGCUACUUUAUAACUGUGAAUAUUAACUAUGCAUAAUUGUUGGCCAGCAAAACCAAGGAACAAGAGCUAUGGCACUUGAAAAAGUCUGUCUGAUUCCAGGGUAUUUUAGCUAUGUUUCAUCAUCAGAGACCUCCUCUUUUUCGUCUCAACAACAAUGUGGUACCUUUUAUUUUUUGAUAAAAAUUAAGGACAUGUUCUUUGUUCAACAACCAGAACUUAAAAUCUGGUGGAAUAGAGUCAGAGACCAUUUCAAUUAUAGCUGAGGAAAAUGAAAUUUCUAUUUUAUAUGGUGCCUUGUACAGUGAGCAUCCUAAUUCUUAAGGAAACAUAUGAGUGAAAAGAAGUUGAGUUUUGUCUGUUAGAAACUCGUGGUUAUGGCGAGUGACCCAACGUGAUCAGAGGGGGCAAGAGCCACAAAGGAACUCAUGACGGGCUAUACCAUGUUACGGAAUGGGGGAGUGGGGAAUGGAGGUCAAACCUGUAUGUUACGGUGGUCUAACCGUAUCCGACUUACAUGGCUCAGUUUUACACUCUUCAUCAUUCUGGUUUUCUUCCCCCUCAUUGCUCACUAUUAUCUCACCACUCUGGAUGAGGCUGAUGAGACAGGCAAGCGGAUUUUUGGCCCACGGGCUGGUAAUGAGCUGUGUGAGGUAAAGCAUGUACUGGACCUUUGCCGCAUUCGUGAGUCUGUAAGUGAAGAGCUCUUACAGUUGGAAGCCAAGCGGCAAGAGCUUAACAGUGAAAUUGCCAAGUUAAAUCUGAAGAUUGAAGCCUGUAAGAAGAGUAUUGAGAAUGCCAAGCAGGACUUGCUUCAACUAAAGAAUGUCAUUAGCCAGACUGAGCAUUCUUACAAAGAGCUAAUGGCUCAAAAUCAACCCAAACUUUCUCUGCCCAUCCGGUUGCUCCCAGAGAAGGAUGAUGCUGGUCUUCCUCCUCCGAAGGUCAUACGGGAUUGUCGGCUACACAAUUGUUUUGAUUAUUCUCGUUGCCCGCUCACCUCUGGUUUUCCAGUCUAUGUUUAUGACAGUGACCAGUUUGUCUUUGGCAACUGCCUGGAUCCCUUGGUCAAACAGGCUUUUCAGGCUACGGCACGAGCCAGUGUUUACAUUACAGAAAAUGCUGACAUUGCCUGCCUUUAUGUGAUAUUAGUGGGAGAAAUGCAGGAGCCGGUAGUACUCCGGCCUGCUGAACUUGAGAAGCAGUUGUAUUCCCUACCCCACUGGCGGACAGAUGGACACAACCAUGUCAUCAUCAAUCUGUCACGGAAGUCAGAGACACAGAAUUUACUUUAUAAUGUUAGUACAGGCCGUGCCAUGGUGGCCCAGUCCACUUUCUAUGCUGCCCAGUACAGACCUGGCUUUGACUUGGUAGUAUCGCCACUAGUCCAUGCCAUGUCAGAGCCCAACUUCAUGGAAAUUCCACCACAGGUGCCAGUUAAGCGGAAAUAUCUCUUCACCUUCCAGGGUGAGAAGAUUGAAUCAUUGAGAUCCAGCCUUCAGGAGGCCCACUCCUUUGAAGAAGAAAUGGAGGGUGAUCCCCCAGCUGACUAUGAUGAUCGCAUCAUUGCCACCCUAAAGGCAGUACAGGACAGCAAGCUAGAUCAGGUCCUAGUAGAAUUUACCUGCAAAAACCAGCCUAAACCCAGUCUACCUACUGAGUGGGCACUGUGUGGGGAGCGGGAGGACCGCUUAGAAUUACUGAAGCUUUCCACCUUUGCCCUCAUUAUCACUCCUGGGGAUCCUCACUUAGUUAUUUCAUCUGGGUGUGCAACACGGCUCUUUGAAGCCCUAGAAGUUGGAGCUGUCCCAGUUGUGCUGGGGGAGCAAAUACAGCUUCCUUACCAGGAUAUGUUACAGUGGAAUGAGGCAGCCCUGGUGGUGCCCAAGCCUCGUGUUACUGAGGUUCACUUCCUGUUACGAAGUCUCUCUGAUAGUGACCUACUGGCUAUGAGGCGUCAAGGCCGCUUUCUCUGGGAAACUUACUUCUCAACUGCUGACAGUAUUUUUAAUACUGUGCUGGCUAUGAUUAGGACUCGCAUACAGAUCCCAGCUGCUCCCAUCCGGGAAGAGGCAGCAGCUGAGAUCCCCCAUCGUUCAGGCAAGGCAGCUGGAACUGACCCCAACAUGGCUGACAAUGGGGAUCUGGACUUGGGGCCAGUAGAAACAGAGCCUCCUUAUGCCUCACCCAAAUACCUCCGCAAUUUUACUUUGACUGUCACCGAUUUUUACCGCAGCUGGAACUCUGCUCCGGGACCUUUCCAUCUUUUUCCCCACACACCCUUUGAUCCUGUGUUGCCCUCAGAGGCCAAAUUUUUGGGGUCAGGCACUGGAUUUCGGCCUAUUGGUGGUGGAGCUGGGGGUUCUGGCAAGGAGUUUCAGGCUGCACUUGGAGGCAAUGUUCCACGAGAGCAGUUCACAGUAGUAAUGUUGACUUAUGAGCGGGAGGAAGUGCUUAUGAACUCUUUAGAGAGAUUGAAUGGCCUCCCUUACCUGAACAAGGUUGUGGUGGUAUGGAAUUCUCCCAAGCUACCAUCAGAGGACCUUCUGUGGCCCGACAUUGGUGUCCCUAUCAUGGUGGUCCGUACUGAGAAGAACAGUUUGAACAAUCGAUUCUUGCCCUGGAAUGAAAUUGAGACAGAGGCCAUCCUGUCUAUUGAUGAUGAUGCUCACCUUCGCCACGAUGAAAUCAUGUUUGGGUUUCGUAGUUCUUAUUCGGACUUAAAUAUCCCACUGGACACAUUUCAGAGUUGUACAUCCUUCACCACAAUCAAUUUUAGAGCAUUUUUUCAUCACUCCAAAAGAAAUCCCAUACCCGUUGGAAUCAUUCCGCAUUUCUCUCCAAACCCCCAGGCCUAGACAACCACAAGUCUACUUUCUGUCUCUAUAGAUUCGCUUAUUCUGGAUAUUUCAUCUAAAUGGAAUCAUAUAAUAUGUGACCUUUUAUGAAUAUCUCCUUUCACUGAAUAUACUGUGUUUUUACACAAAUAACACGUGUUGCACAUUUUUUUGCCAACUGUGCCCCCACCCCGGGGUUUUUGAAAGCGCACUGUUAUGGAUUGAAUUGUGCCUCUCAAAAAUGUGUGUCAAGUUGGCUAGGCUGUGAUUCCUAGUACUGUGUGGUUGUCCUCCAUUUUGUGAUCUAUGUAAUUAUCCUAUGUGUUGUAAAUCCUAACUUCUAUGAUGUUAAUGAGGCAGGAUUAGAGGCAGUUAUGUUAAUGAGGCAGGACACAAUCUACAGGAUUAGGUUGUGUCUUGAGUUAGUCUCUUUUGAGAUACAGAAGAGAGAGGCAGCAGAGGGGAGAGGGACCUCCUACUACCAAGAAAGAAGAGCUGGGAACAGAGUGUGUCCUUUGGACCCAUGGUCCCUACGCUGAGAAGUUCCUAGACCAGGUGAAGAUUGAUGACAAGAACCUUCCCGCAGAGUCAACAGAGAGAGAAGGCUUUCCCCUGGAGCUGGUGCCCUGAACUUGGACUCCUAGCCCCCUGAACUGUGAGAGAAUAAAUUUCUGUUUGUUAAAGCUACACACUUGUGGCAUUUCUGUAAAAGCAGCACUAGAUAACUGAGACGCGUGCUAUGCUAAUUUUUUACAGCAGUAUGCAAAAAAAAAGUAGUGUGCGCAUUAUUUACUUAAGAAUAAGUUAAUGUUUUCAAAGUUCAUCUGCAUUGUAGCGUUUAUCAGUACUUCAUUCCUUUUUAUUGCUGAAUAAUAUUCCAUUACAUGGAUAUACCAUAUCCAUUCAUUAGUUGAUGGGCAUUUGGACUGUUCUUACUUUUUUUACUAUUAUAAAUAAUCUGCUAUGUGUUUUUGUAUGAAUGUAUAUUUUCAUUCUCUUGACUGUUUAACUAGGAAUGAAAGCAUGUUUAUACAAAAGGUUGUACAUGAAUGUUAAUAUUUUAAUAUUUUGAGGAACUGCCAGAGUGUUUUCCAAAGUGGCUGCACCAUUUUACAUUCCCACCAACUGUGUAUGAGAGUUCUAAUUUUUCCACAUCCUCACCAGUACUUGCUAUCAUCUAACUUUUUGAUGAAAACUAUUCUAGUUGGUUGAAGUGGUAUCUCAUUGUGGUUUUGAUUUACAUCUCUGAUGGCUACUGAUGCUGAGCAUCUUUUUGUGUGUGUAUUGGCCAUUUGUAUAUCUUCUUUGAAGAAAUGUCUAUUCAGAUUUUUUGCCUAUUUUUUAAAUUGGGUUAUCUGUCUUUUUGAUUAUUGAGUCAUGAGAGUUCUUUGUAUUAGAUUUCGGUCCCUGUCUUAACCAUCUUGUGUUGCUGUAACAGAAAUGCCUCAAGCGGAUGUCUUUCUCACACAGUCUAGUAGGCUAGAAGUCGAAAUUCAGAGCAUCAGGUCCAGGGGAAGGCUCUCUCUGUCAUCUCUGGAGGAAGGUUCUUGUAAUCAAUUUUCUCCUGGACUAGAAGCUUCUCUGUGCAGGAACCCCAGCUCCAAAGACACGCUCUGCUCCCGGCGCUGCUUUCUUGUUGGUGUGUGGUCCCCACCCAAGUUUCAGGAUCCUGGUUCUUCCCAAUCAAUGCACUCACUUUAUUUUCAGACACCUCUCGAGAUUGGCAGUUGAGUUGGCAUUGUAAUUCAGCCACUCUUACAAUAAGAUUUUGUGUUUGGCUUUUGGCAAUAUCAGCUGUGUUACUACAAGAAUUAAGGCUUUCUUUCAAGGCACAAGUGGAAACUUCGAGGUUGUUUAUGCGGUGCUUGAGCUUUGACUCUUAAGCCCUGAGCUCAUCUCUCUCUUUCACCACUAUGUCUAGUGAAAGUAGGACCAACCAACCAGCCUCCCUAUACCUCUCAUUAUGACAAAAUUGUAGAAAGGUAUUAUCCAUGCAGUCACCCAUACCUCAUCUUUCACCAAUACCUGAUCUCUUGGUGGUGAUAUUUUACACUGGUGAAUUGCCACCUCACACCAUGGUUUAGCAGUGUCAUCUUUACUACUGGAAGUGGAAUCAUCAACAUCUUUAAGACUAACCAGACCUGAGAAUCAAUUUAGAAAAUUCACACUUACAAUUUUGUUUCUAUAGAACCACUCUUGGUACCAAAUGUCUUAGGCUAGGUUCUCUAGAGAAGCAGAGUCAGUAAAGCAUAUUUAUAUACAUAAAGAGAGAUUCAGGAAAUGGUUCAUGUGGCUUUUAUAGGUGGUACGUCCCAAAUCUGUGAGGCAGGAAAAAGGAUUUUCCUGAUUUCAUGCAGCUGCAGGGGCUGGUGAACCCAAGAUGGGCAGGCCGGAGGACAGUGUUGUUGCAGGCUCUGAAGAUCGAUGAAUCUCCAGGUGGGCAGGCAAGACUGCCAGUAAGCUGCUAGCCCAAGCCCCAAGAACUGGAGUCCAGACGAAUGGGAGCCAGCUGCAGGUUCCAGAACAAGUAAGAGCCCUGGCAAGGUGAGCAGGAAGGACGUAGGCGGAGGAGGGCAGAGAGAUGAAGGCUGAGGGGCAGUGAGCUGCCACAGACCCCGCCACCGCUGGCACCACUCAGCAGAUUUCAUCCUGGGGGUGAUCAUGUAUCAGAUUUCAACAGGGAAGUGAUCACAACAUUACACAACUCCCAAAACACUGAGAAUCAUGGCCCAGCCAGGUUGACCCAUGGUCUUACCCAUCACAGUCCUUUAUCAGAUAUAUGAUUUGCUAAUAUUUUCUCCCAUUCUGUGGGUUGUCUUUUUACUUUCUUGAGGUGUCCUUUGAAGCACAGGAGUUUUUAAUUUUGAUGAAGUCCAAUUUAUCUAUGUUGUCCUUGGUCGUUGGUGCUUUCGGUGUCAUACUUAAGAAACCAUGCAAUUCACUUUUAUUCUAUUUUAUGAAAAUAUUAAUCUAAAAUAAAUUUGGAGGAAAUCAAUUUUUCACCACAGAUAUUUUGAGAAGAGCUGGAAUAGAUUUCCAUAGAGGUCUUACUGAAAUUAAGUAUGGAUCUGUGAUGAAGAACUCUUUUCUCCAUGCUUUCAUUCCGCUCACUGAAAGGCUAACCUGACGGACCUCGCUCUCAGGCUUCUUUUGGCUUAGGUUUAUAAGUGGAGAUGUUCAAAUGAAAACAACAGCUUUCUUGCUUUAUCUAUCUUAAAUCCAUCUCUAAGGAAUGAUUUGAUAACUAUUCCUGACAAGUUAGACCAACCUCUCACAUUUCCUUUGACCUCCUCCAAGCAUAUUAUUGAAGCAAGAGUUUGUUGCUCUGAUUAAAAAAAAAACAAAAAACUACUUGGAGAUUUUUUUUUUUGUACUAUGUUAAUAAGUAGCUAUCACCACUUGUUUUUUUCCCCCCCUUUACCAAUUUUUAUUGUAUCUUAAAACAUGUAUAUGGAUGCAUAAAUUUUUUAAAACUAGAUUUAUUAUAAUCAGUUACUGAUACUUUUUAUACUCAAAUUAUUAUAAAUUUAUUACUAGGAGCCCCUUGGGACUAGUUCCUUUGUCUUUUUGACAUAUCCUAUUAGUUUCCACUUGCUUUUAUGAAAGGAAAAAAUUCACGUAAUGAUUAAACAACUGGUCUGUGUCAUCACAGUUUCUGGGGGAGAAUUGCUCAUCGCCCCUAGAGCAUAAGAAUAAUUGAGAUACGAUGUCCUGGCUUUGGUGAGCUUGACGUUUAUUAAAAUAGCUGGCAUUGGCUAUCUUCUGUGGCUCCUGAUUUAGCAAGACUUUUGACCUUUUCCAUGCCAGUUGCCAACAGAUUUACAGGUGAUGAGCGAAUAAUAGGAAGCCUUUUAAUGUCUUAAUUAUGGAAAUUUGGUAUUUAGCCUUAGGUUUUGGGACUGAUAAAUUGUCUCUGAGUGUAUAUUCUAAUGUUUUAUCAACCUGACUCUUUUCUUACUGAUUUAGGCAUCCUUUGAUCUUUUUUUUUUUAAUCUAAAAGCUUUCUCUUAUUGCCCCAAUCUAAUUAUUACACCCAAAUGGAAACAAAAUGGCCCUAGGUUCAAAAGGAAAGGGCAGGCAUAACAAGAAAUAUUCCCUGUGGUAAAAGCUAAUACAUAUAGAUUUUGCUAACUUCAACUUACGUAACCAAGAAAGAGGUAGAUAUGUUCUAAAGGGAUGGAAGAAAGGUGACACCCAAGACACCUGACACCAUACGUCCACUCAAAAACUAUUUUGUAAAUAUUUAUAGCAGCAUUACUUAGGAAUAGUAGAAAAGGAUAAACAAACCCCUGUCAAUGAACUGGUGAAUUGAAUGGAAAAAGAAAAUGUGGUAUGUCCAUACAGUGGAUUACCAUUUUAUAGUAAGAAGAAAUGAAGUACUGAUACAUGGUACAAUAUGGAUGAGCUUUGAAAAUAUGUUAAGUGAAGGAAGCUAGAUACAAAAGAACAAGCAAGUCCAUAAAAACAAUGUACAUUAGUGGUUUCAAGGGGCUGGGAGAAGUGACUGCUGACAGGUAUGAGGCUUAUUUUUGUUGUGAUGAAAAUGUUUUGAAUUUAGGUAGUGGUGAUGGUUGCACAGCCCUGUGAAUAUACUAAAAACCACUGAAUUGUAUACUUUAAAAGGGUGAAUUUUAUGGUAUGUGAAUUGUAUCCUCCCAAAAUAUGUAUUGGAAAUCCUAACCACUGUACUUGCGGUUAUAAUCCCAUUUGGGAAUGGGUUUUCCUUGUUAGGUUAAUGAGGCACUAUUAGUAUAGAGUCUGUCUUAAAUACAUCUCUUUUGAGAUAUAAAGAACAGAUUAAGCAAGGAAGCAAGCAGGCAUAGAUGGGAGGUGGGGUGAAGAUAGAUGCCAUGCCACAUGAAGAACACCAAGAAGCCAAAGAACGGAAGGUGAAAAGAGACAAGGACCUUCCCCCAAAGCUGAGAGAAAGAGAAGGCCUUGCCCUAGAGCCGGUGCCCUGAACUGAGACUUCUAGCCUCCUAAACUGUGAGUGAAAAUAAAUUUGUUUGUUAAAGCCACACACUUGUGGUAUUUCUGUUAUAGCAGCAGCAGAUAACUAAGACAGUGUAAUCUUCAGAGAACUUGUGAGACUGUGAACUGGAAGGUAGGUUUCUCCUAUUGGUUCUAAGUAUCUGUUACCUGGGACCCAGGACUUUUGAGUUCCACAGCUGGAUCUACUGUGUUUUUCUCUAUACCCUUGUGGCUUUGGCUUCUGAUUUUUCUUUUCUAAAGGCAGCUAAUAAAUUCUUUUUCUUAACCAUGACUUCAAGUAUAGGUUCUUUAAGAUUUUCUUUUGAAGAGGCAGAAAAGGCUUCUUUGAACAUGCUAUCUUUUAAAGUUGUAUGUUUAAUAGAAUAGGCAUUCGUCUACAUUAAUCUGAACUGUUUAUUUAACAAUCAUGUUGGUGUAUCUUUUAGUGUUAACUUGUUUUAAAAAAAGAAAAUAACUAGUAAAAAAAUUAAUAUGAAACAGUUUCAAUGAAAAGUUUCUUUUCUGUUUAUAGCUUCCUGAAUAUCUUCCCAGAAAUAUUCUGUGUGUAUGCAAAUAUAUAUACAUAUGUGAAGCUCUUUAUCUCCAGUCCCCUUUCCCUUUUUUUUAAGCACAAGGUAAAUUUAAUUUUAUCUCUUUAAAAGAACACAUUGGCUUUGUGGAGAAUGGAUUGUUAAAAGAAAUUGCUGUGAUAAAUAAUCUUUAUUUCACCUGUGAGCCCUAGUAUUAUUUAAUGUUGUUAGAAUUUAAACAUGUACAGUAUAGUUACAGAGUGUAUAUUGAAGUGUGAUAAUUGACUAUUAUCAUCUUAAUCUUUAGAAAAUGAAUUACAUUCCUCUGUAUGCACAUACAGUAGGAGGCAUACAGUUGUUUGAUAUGAAUUGCAGAUUGCUUUUCACAUCAGCGAAUGAACUUCUUGUAUAAGUUAAGCAUUUGCAAACUUUAGAAUAUGUAAGAAACAUAAGAUUUGCAAAAGAGACAUUUUAGGUAAAAAAAUUUCACUGAUAGUUUUUUACAUUCUUUGAUUAAUAGUUGAUUUUACAAUUUUUUUUAAUUGAAUUUUCAAAUUAUUUGAUUCUUAAUGAAGCAGAGGGCAAAACAGGGAAGUAAAACAGACCAAAAAAACCAACCAUGGAGUCCUUGGGUGGUGCAAAUGGUUAACAAGGUUGGCUGCUAAAUGAAAGGUUGGAGGUUUGAAUCCUCCCAGAGAUGCCUUGGUAGAAAUUCCUGGUUAUUUACUUCCCAAAAAUCAGCCACUGAAACGCUCUGGAGCACAAUUCUACUAUGACACACAUGACGUCGUCAUGAGUUGGAGUUGACUUGGAUGCAACUGGUGUUUUUUAAAACAGACCAAAGAUAAGAAUGUGCCCUUGUAUAGUAAAGUCUGUGUUACUUAAAUGUGUAAUAGUAUCUUCAUAUAUUUACUUAAAACUGUUUGCCUAAAUUAUGAAGAACAGAAAAUCAAUUUUAAAUAAAGCAAUAGUAAUGAUAUGACCUUUUGCCUCAUAGGUAGUUCAUACAUUAAAAAAAUAUUUGAGUCACACAGACUUGUACAAAAUGUGUUAUCUUUAUUUGAAAAAUGUAGCGUAUGGGCUGUCAGUAGUUUCUUUUUUUUGUUUAGCUGACUAUGCUAAUGUGAAAAUGAUAUGGUAAAUGAUGUGCCAAAGUUAGUGUCUUGUUAAGUUGAAAUCGAUGCAUUUACUUCAAAGGUGAUAGUAUUUAAAUCUGAAAUGUUAACAAGAGAAUUCGAACUACUCCUGAUUCAGAUUGUUAAUAGAAUAAUAUCUUGAUUUUAUUAUUUUUAAAUUUCUGUUUAGUUAUUUGGCAAAGUUGAAUUUAUCCAGAGAAGUUUCUUUGUUUUUAAGUUUAAAUUAUAAAAUUAACUUUGAAACUUUUUCCGUAAUAAGAACAUGAACACAUUUGAAGACUAAUAAAGGUGAGGUGUGCCAAAAUGUAACAUUGGUUACAAAUAAUUAGUGCACCAUAAGUUUGAGUAAAUUAUGUGCAACAAUUUUAUAUGUAAAUUGGUAGAAUUAUUUAUAAUCAAUAUUUUUAAGUGCCUAACUUUUAAAUCUCCACUGAGAGCAAACUCUAAACUCUUGAUGCAUCUUUCUAGGAAUGUAUUUAUGCCUGUUUUUGAAUUGAGUUUAUCACCAGUGCUUCCAUAUUGAUUUGUUCUUACUAUUUGAUAAAUAAUUGACCAUAUCAUGGUUGACAGCCUUUAACAAAUCAGAUAUGUUACCUUUUGAAGUCAUGUAGCAAAUGAGACUGUACCCUGGUGGUGCAGUGGUUAAGUGGUCAGCCGCUAACUGAAAGGUUGGCGAUUUGAACUUAUCCAGGGGCUCUGUGGGAGAAAGACUUGGUGAUCUGCUUCUAUAAAGAUUACAGCCUAGAAAACCCUGUGGGGCAGUUUUACUCUGUCACACUGGGUCGCUCUGAGUCGAAAAUUGAUAGCACAGAAAACAACAAUACAUUAUAUUGACUUAAAUAGCCAAAUCAGAUGAUUGAAAAAUUAAAUUUCCCAUUCUUUCCUCUGUUGAUAUUUUAGGACUAGCAGGAGCAAUAGGCAUUUGAGGAAAUCAGUAUCUAUAGGGUACUGAUACGUUUGGAUAUUGCUACCUAUAAGCAAUUGUUACAUUAUGUAAAUGUCAAAAUAUAUUCUGAAAACAUUUUGUAGAUUUUUAGAUUAGGAAUUUGGAGUCAGCUCUAGGAGGUAAAUUAGGGUAGAAGUAGGGAGCUAGUUAGGAGUUGACAAAAAGGCCAUCCAGAGGCUAUGAUAUUGUGAUAGAAGUUGUGAUUUCUCAUCUUUUGGUCUAAAUUUGUUGCUUUCAAACUUAUGAGAGGAGCUGUUUUGAAAUCUUAAUAUUUUAGGAAUUGAAGUUCUGUGUGAAUGAUGAGGGAGUUUCUUGGGCAGUUUAAGUCUUCAUUUGGAGGUGGGGUAGUGUGGGGUGAGGGGUGAUACUUCGUUUUAUAUGGAUCACCUGAAGCACUUCUGCAGGGCUGUAGGGUUCUGUGGAGUAUAAGUGCUUCCUAGCUCUGUGAUUUUAGCCUGUGAAACUAGGGGUCUGAUUUUAGUUUCUGCUAGAAACAUACUGAAUUCUCUAAUAUAUUUCCUGCAUUUAAUGAAAUCUUUCAAUUGUUUGGUCCUCAUGGUGCAGGUUUCUCCCUUAGCACUGCUCAGGAUCAGGGAUUAGGACUGGUGGCAUGUUACUUCAGGCAGUAGUCUCUUGUGGUUUAGACCAGUGGCUGUGUACCCUUUUAGUAAAGAAAAGUUAAGCAUGAAAUGUACAUGAAUGUUCUAUUGUACUAAUACGUCAUGCUCGUUAAAAACAAUUUUUUAAGAAAUUAAAUAAGAAAAAAUAAAUAGAAAUGUUUAUCUUUUUCCUGCUUCUUUGUUGUACAUGCCCCACUCUGGAGAUCCCUGGCUUAUUAGCUACUUCCCCCAGUAUUUGAGCAUGUUCUUUCCAUAAAGGCUGGAGAGAUACUGGCUGCCUUGAACGUUAGAGAAGUAAAGAGCAGGUACUUUUUAAGGACAUUGACCAUGAUAGCUUUUGUUUGUUAUUCUAUUUGUAAGUAAAAGUCCUGCAAGAUAGAGACAAUGAUUUUAAAAGUUUCUGGUAAUCUUAGAGCUUUGUAUUCAGAUGUGUGUAUAUAUUUAUGUUU